CAAUGCAAUAAAUAAUUGCAACCGUUUGCGUUCGACCUACAUCAACUGUCGUCGCAUUCCGUUCAGUCAAGCUCGGGUCAGUGCGGUAGUUUAUGUCACUGUACCCACAGAGAUGAUGCAGAUGCUGCGUUCAUUGUCCGGAAUAAGUCUUCUGCUGUGUAUGGUAUGCAUGGUGGGUUCUACUGCUGCGUUUCCGUCCGUUUCCAAGGAAGCAGCUCUGGAUCCGGACGAGACGUCGUUCGCGUUCACCAGAAGCAUCGAACUGUGCGUGACGCGUGGGAAUGGCUUCUCCGCCGAUGAGGCGAUUGUUCGAGCGGAACGGAUUCGCAAUUGGUCCCGGUGGCAGUUCGGGGAGUCGUUCGCUGCAGCCGAUCCACAAACGAGUUGCUUCGUUAGGGAGCUUUUGUCCCGGUUGGGGCUGCUGGAUGUGGGCGGAGGAUACUUUCGAACUGAACAGUUAUGGGCUCAGUACAGGCAGUACAAGGAAUUCCUGAAUUGUACGGAACAGGACGUGGGCAAUCUGGCGGAUGGCCUUGGACAGUAUUCAGAGUUGCGAGAUAGCGACGCAAUAUUCCAUGCGUUCAAAGAGAGUAUUGUGGAUGGGAUUGAUCCAAGGAUUGAUCUGUUUCUACAACUCUUUUUACUAGAUCCAGUCAGUGCUUUAGCGAUCUAUAAACAUUUGGGAUCAUCAAUUAGGCAACCGAACCAGUCAGUAUUCGAGCAUUGCGAAAAUGAGUUCUACCACGAUAAGCGUGAUGUUUGGUGUGCAGCACGUAACUACAGUAUACCGGAGGAUGGAGACUUUAGCAGACACAUGGAAUGCAUUUUCAAAGGAUUGCAUUACUUCAAGCGAGGAGGAGAGCUUGAUGUAGACGAGAUAUGUCGUGACUUCCAUCAAGUUGGAAUACACCACCUGGACAGCAACAUAACACAAGUUUUACGAUCCUGCGAAGUAAAUUCCGGUGCGAGGGCAUUGUCAUACUACCGAUGUUUGCUGACAAGUGACUUUUUGGAACAAUUUAAAGAAGCCUUGGACUAUCGCGAGAUUCGUUCCAGCGAUCACUACUACGCGCUGAGAAAAUCUAUUCCAGUUUACGAUCGAAUCCAAGUUCAGCACAAGAUUGAAUCCGUAAAUCAUGUACAUUGUACCGUUGAAUAGAUUGUUCGAUUCCUUAAUUGAAUAUUAUAUAGUAGGACGAUUUUCCUCUAAAAGGUAUAUAUUUUAGUUAUUGUUUCAUACAUUUACAUACAUUGGUAGGUAUCAUUUCAACACUCGAAAAUAGUUUACAGUACUAUUCUACCAAAAUUCUAUUUUAGGAAAAUCCGCAAUAGCGCGUUUCUUGUUGUUGCUGUUUUAUAAGAUACAAUGUGACACACCAAAUGGCAUUCACAACCUCAGAAGAUAAUAUGAGAAACUAAUACAAAGUUUUCUCAUGUGCUCACAAAAUUUAACUGAUAUGGCCCGCCAAAUUAUCCGAACAGUUUGUCAGAUGGUGUCUGUUCAAACGCUCCCUAAGUUUUGUAAUGAAAUUAAUUGAUAUUGUUCGUGAAACGAUAGAACUUCACAAUAUGCAUGCUCUAUUCCCAAAGGCACAUCAUUUCCCAAUGCUCAUGCCUUCCCAACGGUGAAUACGCUUAGAUAGCUAUAAGCAUAAUGGGUGUCGUUUACUUGUUGCCGGCGAAGACACGCCGCCGCCAGCUUCCGCCUGGAUUCACCAUUCUUGUGACAUGGCAUAGUUCUAAUUAUUUAAUUGCCUUGCACAAACCUGCAUUCACACGUAUAGGACUAAACACAUGGUGGAAGAAGAGAACGCCCGGUUGAAUGAAGUGAAAUGUUUCUUGUGUAGCAAAAACUUCCUGGCAGGCUUUUAGGGAAACUUAACCACAUGGGAGCCUUUCUGCUGCCUUCUGACUGAGAGAAUGAGUUACACGUUAGCCUCUAAAGGGCUUGAGGGCUUAAGGCUGGUCUCGUCCAUUACAGCACCCUAGAAAAAAAAAACUAGUUUCGUCAUGGGAUGUUCCUACAAAACACGAAUUUCAAAUCGACCAACAAAUUUCCCAAAGUGCUCGCACUUCCCUUUGUGCUUUCAGUCCCUUUAUAUUCCACUUUUAAUUGUGUUAGCCUCCGCUAGGAGGCGGUUGGCACCGGGCCGGGCACACACUGCACUGGUGAAAUCAUCGUCAGCCGGAGAAGAAUUUCAGCAUGAGUGGAAUGUUCAGUUCCUGGGAAAACUCCGAGCUCCGAGCGAUUUUUAUUUGCUUUCAUCUUUAACAACUGCGCUACUGCAAAUGGUGAGACACUAUAUAUACUAGGCUAGGCUGCUGGCUGGCCUAGGUCUAGGUUGGCAGAGGUUGGGCCUAUUUACGAUUUUGCAGCAAGCAGUAGUUAGUUGGUGUUUGACUUUGUUCUUUGUGGCUUUGGUUGAGGCUUGUUUGUAUCCCGGAGGCGCUUUGGCCGCAAGCUAUACGUGCUAGCAAAGUGGAAACUAUUAUUCUCAUAACGUAUGCAGUAUAAUCGUCCAUUUGGUUCAGAAAUAAAUAUGGUUGUUUACUCAGUGAUUUGGUAAGGGAAGGGGAAACAUUGCUCAAAUAAUAAAGAGAUAUAACGUGAUGAAUGCAGAUUCAUAAAACAGAGCUCCAUUAGACAGCUUUAUGUAUAAGUUUGAAAGGUUUCCUUUGGCAAGAUUGGAAACUGGAGCAGAUGUUUUGAAUGCUUCCUUCCAGAAGCAUUGAAAGCUUGUUUGCAGAAGCUUGGAAAGCUUCUUUCCAAAUGCUUCCUAAGUUUGGAAAGUUUCUUUGCAAAAGCAUGGAAUGCUUUUUUUUUUCAAAAGCUUGGAAAGUUUUUUCUAGAAGCUUGGAAGGUUUCGUUCCAGAAGCUUGGAAGGCUUUUUCCGAUGCUUGGAUUGGAUAGCUUCUUUCCUGAAGCUCUGAAAGCUUCUUUCCAGAACCUCUGAAAGCUUCUUUCCAGAAGCUUGGAAAGCUUCUUUCCAAAAACUUGGAAAGCUUUUUUCCAGAAGCUUGGAAAGCUUCUGUUUGGAAGCUUGGGAAGCUUCCUUCCAGAAGUUUGAAAAGCUAGCUUCCUGAAGCCUGGAUUGUUUCCUUCCAGAAGCUUAGUAAAAUUUUCCGGAGAACCUUACAAAGUCCUGCAGAAUGGAAAGCUUCCUUCCACAAGCUUUGAAAGAUGUAAUCAAGAAGCUUGGGAAGCUUUCUGUCAAAAGUUUUAAAACAUCCAUUUAGAUGCAUGAAAAGCUCAAUUUCUCUAGCAUGAAAAGCCUUCGUCAAGAGACCUGAAAAAGUAUUUACAGAAACUGGGUAAGCAUUCUUACAGAAGUUUGGAAAGCUUCCCUUCGAAUGCUUUAAAAGCUUUCUUACCGAAGCUUGUUUCCCAAAGAAUUUUCAAAACUGAUCACUUGGGAAGAUUUCUCAAGGAAUCGGAAGAAGUUCUUGCGGAAUUCCAACAUGUAUUGAUUAUUGAAUUCAAGGUUGGUAUCAUAUUAUAAAUACCUUAGAAAGUCCUAAAAGUAACGACUAAAAAAUGCUGGACGAAUCUACUGAAGACGAGCCAGAAGAAAUCGUGAUACAGACAAGUCAUUUGUUAUGAUUUCUUCCAAGUGUUUGUGCCGGUAUUCAUGGAGCUAUACUUAUAGGAAUCCCUGAUGAAAUUGGUAUAACACUUUUUGAAAUAUGUAGACCAGUGCUGGUACAUUGAUUUUAGUACCGUUUUUUUUAUUCUCACAAGAAAAUCUUUGCACAAAUCCCUCGAUUUUUCCAGAAGUACUUCGUAAGUAAAUUUACUAAAUUUUUGGAAAAGAUUUCCAAAAUAAAAACAUUAUUUUUGUUCCUAAAGUACUACCGAGAACAUGAUCCAUGGGUUUGCUUUGAAAUAUGUCUUGGGAAACUUAUCUAAAGUAUUUUUAGUAACAAGGUGUCCAAUGCCUAAUUAUUUGAAAUUCUAAUUGUCAAGAGUUAAAUAAAGCUGAUUGCAUGGACAUUUGCACAUAAUAUUUAGAUUAAAAAAAAAACUUCUUAAUGAUACGUAACGAAGUUUAUCACAAUCAUUAAUUGCAUAUUUUUGCGUCGAAUAUCUACCUACAGA